AUCAUAUUCGACAUGCGCUGCUUUCACUUCCUUCUUAUACUAUUCUCCGUUCCUUGACUAUUCGACAUUGGAAUUUCCGCAGCUCCUCCAUUCUCACGUUCAUUGAAGCUAUUGUUGUUGUUGUCUUAUAUAUCCUCUUCAUACGCUCCUUGAACGUGGUCUGAAAAGGUCACGUGGAAACGCUGUCAUUUGACCAUCCAACUUCCAAGACACGGUCAUCUGUCCCACUCAUGCUGCAUCGACAACGCAGUACUCGUCCUCUUCGUCAUCAUAACACGUUUUCGGACAUCUUGGAAGUCUUCCACUUGACGUGGGAAACCAAGACGGUAGCGAAGAAUACGGAGUACAUAAAACUACUUCCUCUUCACUCCUCGGACUCGUCUCGAUCAUCGUCACAAGAUAUGUCUCUCUCUUCGUCUUCACCCGUCAGCCCAACUUGCUCAUCAUCACGAACUCUCCUCACGAUUCCACCCGAGCUCCUCCUACAAAUCCUUACUCACCUCCCCUCUUCUUCCUCCCUCCACGCCCUAUCCCUCACUUCCCGCACCCUCAACACAUUCGUCCACACCCAUGCAGCAACAAUCACCAACUCACUCGUUUCAUUUCAUCACCCGAAAUCGUCACAGAUACUCAAGGCCCAUCAUACCGAGAACUCCGCCGGGUUCAUCGUCCCAACCCAUCCCUUAGUCCUCGCCGAAGAAAGAAGAAUACAAAGAGACAAGAUCCUAGCUUCGGGGUGCCACUGUCUACCUUGUCGACUUAUGCUCCACGCCGGCACUUCAUCAUCAUCGGACCUCUCACUGCGCUCAUCGUCAGAACAUGAUGGCUUAGUAGGAGCAUGCUUGCCAGCACAGUCAAUGGUAUCAACCAGAGGGAACGAAUGCAAAGCUCGAGCAGCACUGGAGAAGACAGUCAAGCUUACGGAGCCCGGACCACAAUUUCUUGUUUUUCUCGAACGGUAUGGAUGGGAGGUCGAAGCGAGAUGGGACAUCUUCGUGAAGCAACAACAUCAGACCGUCAAGGAAGAGGAAGAAGAUGUCGAAGAAACCCGAGCUGGAGACAAUGGGGAGGAACAGAAGAAGAAAACUUUCGACUUCAUGAUCGGGAACUAUUGCGUCCGUCGCUUCCUCGAAGAUACAGAGAAGGAGUUGACGAACUUCUCGACCGCGACCAAAAAGGCAAUCAGUCCCACUUUGACGAUCAAGGAACGACUCAGAGCCAAGAUGAACAAACAUCAUCAGGAGAAGAGAGAGAAGAGGAGGGGUGCCGAAGCCGCAUCAAGACCGCCUGCAGCGAGAAUGUUUGGGGAGAUAGAGAAGACUCCCACCACGACUGCUGUUGAGAGAGACAGCUGGAUGAAAGGGUUGACGUGGUAUCAUGGCUCGAAGUAUAUCUUGGAUCAUGAACAAGUGAUGGCAGAUCCGGUGACAGGAUCUGACGAGACUAUGAAGACCAAGAGCAAGCAGAAGACUCGGAACUGCAUCGGUGGAGUAAAGCGGGGCAUGAGAAGAGUGGGGUCAAGGAUUGGAAGUAUGUUCAGAAGAUUACGUUGCGUCGGGGACUUUCAGUCACUUGAUGAUUGAGGUCGAGGGUUCAAGAACAAACGAGGAAGGCUUAGAAGGCAGAAGAAGACCAACAUGUGCUGGCAUCAUGUAUGUUUCCAUCCUGGAAUAUUGUCGAAUACUCACAAUCCCAUUCCCAUUCAAUGAC